AGUCACCUGUCACCUGUGCGGUAUAUAAACCCAUCAAACGGGUAUCAGGGUCUCUUAUCCUGCAACCCACAUCUACAUCAACCCAUUCACUAUGACUGUCUGCAACGCCUUCUCCACCGCUCUCGCCAACUCGGGCAUGAAUGCACAGCAGCUCGCUGCCGCGACUGGCAGUGACCAGGCCCGCAUGUCCCAAAUUUGCGCGGGCACUGCGACCCCCACGACCGCAGAAUACAAUAGCAUCUCAGCUGCAUUGGGCUUGAGCGUCCCUCCUGGUCACCGCUGAACUACUUGCUGGACUAUAAUAUAUCAUGUUUAACUUUCCCGUUGUUGUAUAAAUAAGCUGUAGCAAACGAUAUAUCGGAUGAUUUAGCCUUGAUAACUGGCAACUCGUGUUAUGAGCUGGCGGUGAUUGCGAUACGACUUGAUACGACCAGCACGGCAGGCUCCAUGUCCCGUUUAAGCAUACCCUAUACUAUCAAUAAAACAUUCGGGCCAAAAAUAUUCG